GAAAGGUGAGUGGUAAUGUUUUGUUCGUCCCUACUUUUUAUAUUCUGGCUAGUGACGAGCCCUGAAGUUUAGUAUUACUUUGAGUGUUGCGUUCGAUUUUCAGUUUUUUGCUACACUGACCAUUUACUAGAAUUUGCCAUCUGUCUGUCGUCUAUUUUGCAGUUGUAGCUUGUGUUCGUUCACAGACGCACAUGCAUGAGUAUCCCACUCUUAAUAAAUGUUAAUAUUGAACCGCCCUUUUAAGGAUAAUAUCCGAAAGUUGGUUAAAAUAGGUUGUAUUUUGAAUCUGAUCUCAUAAAACCUGUCCGAGCUCCAUCCGAUUACUCUGGAUUUACUGAGUUGAUUUUAUAAUAGCCACAAUGUAGGCCACUGAAAAUACCACUUUAAGUCAAAAUUUAUCAAGUGAAACUUUUGACAGCUGAGGUCUGUACCUUAAGUCCUUUAUAUUGAGGGUAACAACACAGCAAAAACCUGAGUGCACAACUGAAUGGUGAGUGGUCAAGCAUUUCCAUUAGUACUUUGAUGACAACUUAGUCUGGUAAGAAUUGCUCUUUUUCCCGGGAACAUAAGAUCAAUACUGACAUUUUUUUGACUGCGUCAGUGAAUAAAGGAAGACAACGACGAGGAAAUAGUAAAUUAAAUAAGGAAAGAUCAAGCUACUGUAAAUUAAACGUGGUUUAUGAUUUAUAAAAGCACGACGUUAAGCGUUUUAAUACCACUGUAGUUGGUCUAGGCUCAUAUCAAAUGAAGUCCCUUAAUAAAAGUUCCUAUCUACCUUUAAUAUUCAUCACACAUUUAAUUAUUGUGUUUGUCUUCACUUCCAAGUCUGUAAAACUGCGAAUACAUACUUUUCCACUAUCAGUCAGCUACAGCGUAGGACCAGCCACAUAUAUGCAUCGGUCCAAGUUGCCAUACCUCGUUAACACAACAAGAUAGACACCGGAUUUGUAAAAGUAGUUAAUUCAGAGGUGGUAAUAUAUAAAAGAAAGAUUGCAAUAAGGAUAUAGUACAGGAGGAAAGAAUUAGUUCGUAGAAAGAGAGAUAUGAAGUGAUUUUAAUCUCUUAGUUUAAGGGAAAACAGGGAGUGUAUACACCAACGCCAUUGUGAUCGAUUCUGAGCCAUGUCGCCAACAGUCUCCAACCAUUGGUUACGAAAAUCACGCGGACCCCAACCAAGUAGUCUGCAUCUACCAACAUGGCUCAGACUAGAAGUUAGUGACUUCAAGCACUGAUGCCACGUUUUGGUUUGGCCGCCCCUAACUUUCUUCCAACCAUCCCCAACACCUGUCAACAUUGCGCGUCGUGGUAAUCGGUGUUCGGGCGUGCGUAACAUGUGGCCCAACCACCUCAGUCGAUGAAGAUUCACAACCUCAUCAACUGAUUUACCAUCAUUCCCUAAUACCCUGCAUCUAACUCCACUAUUACUUACCCGGUGAUCCCAGCAGACGCCAGAAAUAUUUCUAAGGCAUCUGUGGUCAAAUACUAGUAGCUUACGAGUGUCUUCUACUCUUAAGGGCCAUGUUACGCUGCCGUAAAGUAAAACAGAACGAACUGCCGCGCAGUAUACUCGUCGUUUUUCUGAUAAACGGAUAUCUCGACCAGGUCUGAAGCCAGCUUGGUUCUCUCGUGUUUGCACUUCACGAGUCUUAGUUAGGCGUCUGAUAAUUAUCGAGGCUAGUAUUUUAGAUACUAUAUUAGUUAAACUAAUCCCUCUAUGGUCGUCACAGGAUGAUUUUAACCCUCUCUUAUAUAUUGUGACGAUAAGUGAUUGUGACCAGUCAGAUGGGAUAAAGUCUAACUCCCAUAUCUUAACUAGAAUAUUAGUCAACCUAAUCGCUAAAAUUGGGCCACCAUCCUUAAAGACCUCUGGAGCCAGUCCAUUUGGACCAGCUGCCCUUCCUCGUUUCAGAUUAACUAUAGCCUUUUGAACUUCUGCUAGAGUUGAGGGACCUACUUCAAUGUUCCAUUCACACUUUCUGGGAAUGGAGGGUAGUUGUAAAGUAGCUGAAGGUCAGCUGAACUGUUCUCUGAAAUGUUCCGCCCAUCGUUCUAAACGUCUGGACUGGGAUCAGAUGAGAGUAUCGUCGUUUUCCGAAAUAGUCUGACUUACACUUGACUUAAUAAUUCCAGUUUCUUUUAUUAUUCUGUUGUGCUGUCUUGUGUUCUCUAUAGCCGCCGCCAUUUCCAUCUCUCGCUUUCGUUGCCCACAACUGCUCACGGUCGUUCCUUAGACUUUUUCUGAACCUAGAUCUGAUUUGUUGUCGCUCUUCAUCGUGUUCAGAGCCUGAUGGGAUAAGUUUACAAGAAUCCAUCAGUGCAACAGACCUUGAGGAAAUCCAUUGGUUCUUUGUAACCCUGUGGUUUAAAUCACUGAUAGAUGUCACUGCUGUUUCCACAGCUGUUUGUAUAGCUUUCCAAGCAACAUCUGGGUCAACCUCGUUUUCAGAACUAUCUAAUUGUGACCUCAGUUUCUCCUGGAACCUACUUUUGGUUUUCUCGCUACUCAAUUCAGUUCUAAUGGGUCUUUUCACUGUGGCUUUUUUGCGUCCAGUGAGGCGCAAGCAGAUGCGUGCCCGUAUUAGGGCAUGGUCGGAGUCCAAGCAGGUACUCCAGAAUGAGCGACAAUCUUCUACCGACCCUCUCCAACGAUGACUGAUGGCAAUAUGGUCUAUUUGAGUCCAUCGUUGGUUUGGUGUAGGGGAUCGCCACGUUAGACGAUGUCUCUCCUUAUGCUUAAAAUUUGUGUUUGCUAAAAAUAAGCGAUUGUCUGAGUAUAGUUGCAGCAGAAGAUCACCAUUAUCUGUUCGUUGUGCCGGAAUACUAAAAUACUCACCUAAAUGCCUUUCUGUUUGGUUUAAACUACCUAUCUGGGCAUUGAAGUCACCUGCUACGAGUACUAUGUCUGAACGUUUAACUUUCUGGAGAAGUUCAGAUAGCUUUCUGUAAAAUUCAUCUUUCACUUCAUCUGAGCUGCAGUCGGUGGGAGCGUAGGCAGAAACGACUUUUCCACUAUGCCAACCGAUUUCUGAUAAAAGUGACAACUUAGUAACAAAAGAACAAAAACAUUUGUUAAAAAACUGGUAAUACUACUUGAAUAUUUAUAUGUAACCUGAGUAGUAGUCGAAAAUAUAUAAGUUGGGUAAAGAUCAACUUCUCGAAAGCACGUUGCGUAGCACGAUGGGAUGGUGUCGCAGUAAUAUGUAAUCAAGAGGGGAACUGAUUCUUUAAGCAUACGGAAUAAUCUUGGUAAAUGCACAUUAGUGAUCAGAUAUGAAAAGCUACGCUUCAAGUCAUUAGUAAGCAUAAGUCGUCCAAAAAACACUAACCUCAAGGUUUAUGCGAUCACUUUUCUGGGGAGGGGGUGGAAAUCUGUCUCCAGACUCUGUGAUUCGCGUCAUGGAUUUUUUUAAAGAUUUUAUCAAUAAGCUUAUUAAACUCAAACCACUUGAUAGUCAGAAUCUGUUUAUAAUACUCCUUGAGAAGGAGGAAGUAGUAGUUCUAGUGGACUGAAAUGUUUAGAUUGGCAAAAUGACAAGUCUGUCAUUAGUUGGUAGCAAGUACUCACUGGUAUGUGCUUUGGAAAAUCCGACCAACACGUAUUUAUGACAUCUUGCAUUUUUUAUAAAUAAGUGAAUAUAAUGUAAGUACUGAUUUUACCCCCAAGCAUUCUAUGGGUUACUGAGUUUGAGUUACUUUUAUAUCUGAAUCCCUGAUUGUUGCAACCAAGUUAUAUAACUCUUGAUACAUUGCUAAUUAUUCUUUGUUUGCAGAUGUUAUUUAUUUUCUGAAGACCUAUAGUUUUACUUAUCAAGUAUCUUCGAUAGUUACGUACGUAAACGUGCAAAUCAUAGAUGGCUGAGGACAGCAGUGGGCUCGGUUACCGACUGGAGGAAAUCCAGUCAAGUAUUGCAGAGGGAAGGUUAAUGCUUAACGUUCUUCGUUCCCUUCCAACCACUGAGAAUAAUGAUGCAUUCAUAGUUCGUUUCGAGGAUCUAAUCAGUAGAUUAGAAAACUAUCAACUUCACAACAGAAAGAACGAGGUGAAAGAUGUAAAGUUACAGUUGAGGACACUUAAGGAGCAACAAGACAGAAUUCAGUCUCUCCUUGGUCAAACAGCGACGAGUAUACAGGAUUCUAGUUUAUCUGAAGCACCCGGUGGGUCUUCCAGUGAUACUCAAGCAAAUGUAGUGUUUUCAAAUUCCGCAUCAGCACUGCUUUCCAAAUUUGAGUCCUUACUAUCCAAUGGAAACAACCAAGGUUGUCAAAAAGAUGGUGAUCGGGUUUCUUGUAAUGUUAAUUGUUCACGCAACUUUAAACCAAAGCAAGAACCAGCGGAUACUACCCAAGAAAACGAUAAACCAUCAACCCUUAACACUAAGCAAUUGUUAAAACCUCUAGAUUGUGAAGAGUCGACAGAUUUAUCGAACCACUCUGAUAUUCAUCUUUCUGAACUACAGAAAUUGAUUGAAGAAUCAGAAAGAUUUGAUGAGAUGGUUAAACGACUUGUAUUAAUAACAAGGAGAGCAAAUCUUGGUGAAUCUACAAAGUUGCUGGUAGAUAUUUCGAAACGAUUCUCUGAGCUUCAGAUCAGUUUUAAUUCACUGAAAGAAAGUUAUGAUUCGCUUCAUAGUGAACCUCAACUACCUCCUGAAUUGCGUAAAGUUCAGCUUUCAAGUUUUCGUGAAUUUCUCAACAGUCUUAGCCGUAAUUUUGAUUCAACCAAAGAAUGCUUUUACACAAUCCAUCAUCUUGUCAAAGCUACUAUUGAACAACAACUGGCGAAUGGAACACUGCAGGAUGUAGAUCAUAGUGAUGAAGAAAAUAAUUCAACUUUGCCUGUCAAUCCAACUGGUUCUGUUACUCUAAAGGACGGUAAUAUAGAACUAAAUACAAGCAAACAAAUUAAUGAUGAACACGUUGAAGAUGGUGAUCCUGAAUUUCUAACUCAAAAGGCUUAUUUAAUAGCAUUACAACAGCGUACAGCUCAAGAAAAAGAAGAAAUUGCAAAAUUACUACAACAACGAGAUGAACUAGCUGGACGUUUGGCAUCACUUAAAGCAGCUGCUAGUAGAGCAUCAUUUGAUACUCGUGUUACUUCUGGCGACUCAGUCGAAUCAACUCAAACUGAUGAGUUGGAAAAUGGAGAUGAACGUAAUAGUGGGUCGGCCAGUGUAUCACCUGACAUACUUUCUAGUCUGGAAGCUAAAAAACGUGAGUUAAAUGAAUUAAAGACUCAACUUGAACUCCUUCGCAAGGCUGAAGCUAAAAUCGCUAAAUUUACACCAGCUCUACAAGGUCCAAGAGAUAUACAUAAUUCAAACAUUGCUGCUCUACCACAAGAGACGUUAGACGAUAAGCGAGUCACUUCUGCUUCGCAGUCCAUUCUUCCAGAAGUCAGUUCACCUCGGACAAGAUUUGCAAUUUAUAAAGAUGACUCUGAUGAUCUAGUGAAUACAAAACCCGCUGGAAAUGUAUCAUUAUCUUCGGAUUUAUCAACCAAAGCUGAUUCUGUGACUUUUCAGCAACCAGAGGUGACCUGUAUUGAUAACACCGAACGUUUGUAUGUUAAUAUGCGUGAGGCACGAAUACAAAUAGAAGAACAACGGAAUCGAUAUGAUCGGAGUACUUCAAAUGGAAUCAAUAAUACCAAUUCUACCGCUCAAAAACCAUUGCAGCAUGUCAGUUGUAGCGGUGCUUCUGUCGCAACUAGUCAAGAUAGAACAACUCUAGCAACUUGGGGUGGAUCUUCACCUGUCCCUUCUUGUUCAUCUGAAGCUUCUGAAGCAAGUGACGAAGGAGAUGGCGUUAGUGUUUCUGACUCCCUACCUUUAAGUACAUGUCUUUCAGUGUCUGCAGUUAAUAAUGCUUCUAAUGUUAUUCGAUCUGUUCCCAAUGGGCAUUUGAAAAGUGUACCCAGCUCUGUUGCAACCAGUUCCUUGGAUAUGCCUGGUGAACCAUGUUCAGUUAUUAAGAGAGCAUCAAGAAAAUGUGAAGAUAUUCACGGAAAUAAUUUAGAUAAUGUUUAUGUUUCUUCUACUGAUGAUGUUCCAUAUAAAUUAUCACUUCCGCAGGUUGGUCGAAGUCCAUCUCCUCCAACUCGUCACAAAAACAAAUCAGGGGAUACUCAAAUAAAGGAUGGUUUGAAUAAAUUGAUUGAUCAACGUUUACACUCACAACAAAAUUCAUUAGGUGAACACACUAAUGCUUCUGCUAACCAGAAUACUGGAGUUUUGGGUCAUAUAGUUGUUGCAUCAAAUUGUAAUGACUUUGAUGAUGGUCGAAUGUCAGAUCUGUCUGGUGCCAUAGCCAAUGAACGGAUUCAACGUUUAGAGUCAAAUGUAGCCCAGCUCUAUCAAGUAUGUCGUUGUUUGAUGCUCGAAAACUCUCAUUUGAAUUCUACAGUCACUCAGUUAAUGUUACACAACUCAUCUCAUCAGCCUAUUUCAUCAAUCACAUCUUUGGAGCCGUCCAUUUCAGCUGUUGGAUCUAUUGCAUUUCAUCAGUGUCAAUGUAGUUCGUCUAUUCCAAGUUAUAACCAAAUACUAUUAACUGACUCUGGAGCAUCUUACCAAGCGAUGCUUUAUAGACAAGAGCAUCCAUCAAAGAGUUUACCUUGUUCCUUGAAUGUAUGUCCACGAAGUUCUGUUGCGUACGCUCCUAAUAGUUUAAGAGAUACUGACCAGCCGCUUACACAGAGUGGUGUCCAUGAGGUUCCCCAGAUCCAGCUGCUUAUUAAUCAAAUUAUGCAACAGCAAUCUAAUCUUACUCAAUUGCAAUUGGAGCUUCAUCGUUUGACGCGAUCACAGUCACAAAUUAAGCCGUCAUUUCUUCCUACUGAUGGUAAUUUCCAUGGACCUUUAUUAUCUCAUCCGGAGAAUACUGGGUUAAAUUUUCCGGCUGUUACUGCCCAUUUACUACAGGGGACUACAGGAUUUCCUCCGUCUGUCGAGUCGAUCAGCCGUCAGGUUAAUUUUACAGGAACCAAUAAUUCUCCUCAAAUGCUUGGAAAUUCUCUUGUCUCACCCCAAACUUUGUCGGCUAACUGGUCUUUGAAUACUGUUCCUAAUGUUCAUCAGUGUUCCAGAGAUGCUACAUUUUCAAAUAUAGGUCAAAGACCAUCUGUACAAACUGCAUCUAUUCCGAGCUCUGUUUUACUAACUGAUCCCAGUGUGAAUCUUACAUCGCCUCAUGGUUCUUCUCUCUGUCAAAACAACAUUGGUUUCAAUAGACAUAUCUAACGAUGAAUCGGAAAAUAUCUCACAUUGUAACGUUUGAUCUCACUUGAUAAUCAAUUUUAACAAUUAAUUUUAUUGUUGCAUUUAGUUUUACCAUUUUCGACUUUUUCGUUUACUUUAUUUUUCUUGAGAAUGUAGUACGUUUCUUUUUAAUAUUGAACAAUGUGUUUAGAUCAGUUGUGUUUCCUUCUAAUCCCUUAUUCUAUAUCCAACACUGACGGCUAUUUCACUCAACCAAAUAAAUCUCCCUUUAGUGCUCAUCAAAAAAUUCUGUUUAUGAAAUAAGUUCUAUCUUAUUGUAGUUUUAAUUUAUUAACAUCAUUUUGUUUUCAUAUUCCCAACCAAAAAAAGACAAACAAACAAAUUAGUUGGAAUUUAGUUCCUAUGCAUUAUUAUUACAGAUCAUCUGAUAUAUUGUUUCUUAUCUUCAAUCUUGUCAACACUCAAUGCAUUAAAAUAAAGAUGAAAUGUAACUUUUUGUCCAGCCAUCUUGUUUGUUUUUAAUAUUCUAUAUCAAUAAAUUGUUUUAAGUAGUCAAAGCUCACUUUAAUUCGACCUAUCUGUAUAAAGAAAAACUUGGAUACUAAAUGUUAAGUCACAUGCUUGAACCUCACUCUUUGUAAGUUAGUUUGAGCAGGUGGUCAUUAUCUGAAACCUUAUAUCAUAAGUUUACUGUAUUAUCAAGUACUUCAUACCUUACUUGAUCAUUGUAAAGCAUUAUCAGAUAAGUUAUUGUUUUGUGUGAAUAUAUCCCAAAUUGUAUAUUUAAUCUACAUAAUUCUAACUUGUAUUUGGUGUUCCAGAACCAAUCUAGUC